AUGCAUAGUGCAGAAAUUACGGAUGCCUCUGCAAAACUUGAAGAGCAACGACGACGAAACAGAUUGGCCCAGCGAAGACGGCGUGAAAGUAAGUCCAUGCCUGGUGCUGGCCACAUUGAGCAAGCAACAGCCCAGGGACAAAGGAAUCGGGCUUCCAUCUCCAAUUCCACCGGAAACGACACGCUGCCGUCCAGCUUGUCCGAGGAUCGAGAUCAACAAGCGUCCGACAAAGCUUGGGAAUUCGCAGUCGACACGACGUUUUUUGAUCACUCGCUAGAGGAGCAAGACGAGGUUGUGGAUGGAUGUCUGUCCAGCCCUCCUCCUCUUAAUGUCAGCAUACACGCUGGCGCAGGACAAACCGAAGCCACAGAUGUGGGAGACAGACCGGAACAAAUCGCAAAAAGUCUUUUGGAUAGACAGAUAAUGUCUGUCGAUGCGAGCGGUCACUCGCCCACCAUAGCAAGCGCUUCGUCCAGCCCACUGCAUCAAUUCUUAAUGACCCUCCAGAAAGGCGAUGGAGGUAGGCGACGCACCAACACGUCUGCGCUUGCCAACAAUCUAACAUUUUCAGAAUUAUCGCAAGAUUCAUACAGUCGGCUCCUGUCCAUGCUUCCGCAGACGCAGCACGCACAAAACCAUCGGUACGACGGGCCAUGCAAGCUCCCCCAGCCGAUGCCCGCAUCCGACUAUAUGCACCUCGACAGCACAGCACCCGUCUGUUUCAGCACCAAUAGCAGCUCGUCGGUGACGACGGGCAGCGGAAGCUUCUCGUGGCCGCGAUCCGAGUCCCGCCCGGUGACCGCGGCGGGACCCCCCUCCAAGCAGGAGAGUGCCCUGGAGCGCAUCCGCGAGUUCGUCGAGGACGCCGGUUUUGAGAGCCUGGAAAGCAUGAUGGCGGCCUACUACAGAGCCAACCUGAGCGCCACGGCGCAUGGCGGGGCGCGACCCGCGCAGGCGGUCGGCCGCUCGCGCCGGCUGCGCAGCUUCCUGUCCGGCAUCCACCGCAGCCAUGUCGAAUGGGGCGAGCAGGAACGCAGCGCGUACAGGGAGGAGAUUGUGCGUGCGGCCGAGGAGAUUUACGCAGAUGAGCUGUCGACUAUGGUGCACGCGGCGACGGAGACGAGCAGCAGCAAGAUGCUGUCGAUUGCCGGCUCGUCCAAGCCGACGGCGGAAACGAGUCGGGUGUAUAUUGCGCAUCGCAUCCAGAACCUCAUCUCGGAUCAGGAUAUUCAGGAUUUUAUGCGAAAGGACCGGCAAGAGCUACAGGACACGGUGGCAGAGACAUGGUCGCUCAUCACGCAGCUCGUCCAGAACACGGGGCAAUCACCUCAGCAAAAGGCCUCGAAUUUGGCAACCUAG